AUGCCGGCGAAACGUCCAGGAAUUUACCAAGUCCAUGGCCGACGCUGCGAAUUAUCAUGCAUAAUAAGGUUCUCGGACAAGGAUUAUAAUGGAAAGAUCCAUGCCUAUGAAGAUUAUCCUGUCGUGAAUCUCAUCCAGAUGGUUUUAGGUAGAGCAAACCGGCCUGGAAUUGAAUCAGAUGCCAAGGCUGUUAUACUCUGUCAGACUGGCAAGCGUGAUUUUAUCAGGAAAUUCCUUCAUGAUCCCUUACCUAUUGAGUCUCAUCUUGAUCAUGCCCUCCACGAUCAUUAUAAUGCAGAAGUGGUCACCAAGACGAUCGAAAAUAAACAAGAUGCUGUUGAUUAUCUUACGCGCAAUAUUUUUCAUAAUCGGCUUGACCUUUUUAGUCGUCUUAUUUAUACAGGAGAAAGGGUAGCCAACACCAUGGUUCGGCUAGUGCUUAAAGUGAAUGGUAUAUGA